CACCGGAGCGCGGCGGCACCAGAGCCACCAGGGCGCGGCGGCACCGGUUCCCCCUGCUCCACAGGCGGCCCCACAGGCAGCGGCGACGCCCCGUUCCCCUUCCCGCCAGCCGUGCGCCGUCAUCCCGGUGCAGCGCAUCACUGAGCCCCCGCCGUCCAUCCCGCAGGGCGGGCCUCGCCUUUAGCAGCCGCCGCGUCUCCCCGAGGAGUGAGCCGGUGGCGGUGCCAUGAAGGAGGACAUCGAGCGUCCCGUCGCCCUGGGUGAGGCACCCGGGUCCUGCCCGGUCCCAGCUGCCGGCCACGGCCUAGCCGUGAGUGAGGCCACGGGCACGGUGGUGUGGACACCAGCACAGCUGGUGGCGGGGCAGCAGCGGGGUGACGGUGAGACCACACCGGCUGCCCGUGCUCGCCACCGCGGGGGCUGCCAAGGCUGGCCUGGCCUGUCGCGAUCAGCGACUGUGGCGGCAUCACCGGCUGGCCCUCCUCUUGUCUCCGUGACAGGUUACACAGUCACCAAACCCGACAUCCUGGCCGAGGUGGAGCGAGGGGAGGAGGUGGCAGCGGCGGGGCUCUACGUGGAGCACCGGAGCCCCGGGCCACUUGCAGCACCCACCGGCCUUUCCCAGGGGGACUGGCUGGGGAAGGAGGUGAAGAGCGAGGAGGGGGUGUCCCCACCGCCUGGCUCCCCCCCGUCCUGCCACACUGGCCCUGGCGACAUCCUCGUCCCGCUGGGGGAACCGGGCUGCAGCUACUGUGGUGUCGUCGAGCCGGAGCCAAAUCUCGGGGCCGGUAACAGUGGCUUCACCACCGAGUGCGGCCACGGGGUCGGGCAUAAGCCGGACCUGGUGCGGCACCGUUUGGCACAGGGCGGGGAUGGCAGCUACGACUGUGGCCGGUGUGGGAGAGGCUUCUGCGAGCCGGUGGGGCUGGGGGCCACGGGCAGCCACAUGUGCCGCUCAUCCCCGUGUGCCGGCCGCUCCGUGGGCACGGCCGAGGGGGGUACGGCAGCGCCGCGGAAGGAGAGGAAGGAGCUGUCCCUGACGGAGAAGGUGCGGGUGCUGGAGAUGCUGGAGGGCCCCAAAGUGUCGCAGAGCGAGCUGGCCAAGCGCUUCGGGGUGUCGCAGCCCCAGAUCUGCCGCAUCAUCAAGAACAAGGAGCGGAUCCUGAGCGAGUGGCACCGCAACGGGGACCCAGAGCGCAAACGCAAGCGGGAGGGGAAGGACGUGGCCCUGGAGGCUGCCCUGCUGCGCUGGGUGCAGGGUGCCCGUGCCGCCGACCUGCCCAUCAGCGGCUCGGUUCUCCAGCUCAAGGCCAAACACCUUGCUGAGGCGCUGGGCCGUCCCAGCCUGGAGCCCAGCGGCAGCUGGCUGGCUCGCUUCGAGACGCACCACAGCUUCGCCUUCAAGAAGCCGCCUUCGGAGAGGGGGGACGCGGAGCAGCCCACGGCCGAGCAGUGGGCUGGCACGGUGCUGCCCGGCCUCCUCCGCAGCUAUGCCCCCUCUGAGAUCUACGCCUGCGGGCAGACGGGCGUCCUGCUCCUGGCCAGCUCCCCCAGCAGGGCUGAGAGCGCCAGCGACCGGCUGAUGCUUCUGCUGUGCGCCAACGCCAGCGGCUCAGAGAAGGUCCCGCUGUGGGUGGUGGGGGAGAGCCCCCGGCCCCGCUGCCUGCGUGGAAUCAACCUGGAGCAGAUGCCCUGGAGCUACCGCGGCAGCAGCAUGGCCGAUGUGACCGCCCCGCUCUUCUCUGAGUGGCUUCGGGACUUCAACGAGGGGAUGCGGCGCCAGGGGAGGAGCGUGCUGCUGCUCCUCACCAAGCACGAGGCACACCCCUACCUCCAGCUCUCCAACGUCAGGAUGGUCUUUGUCCCGCCAGCCACCGCCCUGGCCCAGCCCAUGGACCGUGGCAUCAUGAGCGACUUCAAGGGCCACUACCGGCGCCGGCUGCUGAGGUGGCAGCUGGCAGAGCGCGGCACCGGGCAGCCGACCCUCCUGGAUGUCCUGCACAUGCUGGCACAAGCCUGGGGUGACGUGCGCCCGGCGCUCAUCGCCAGCUGCUUCCGUGCCGCUGGCUUCAGCCUCAACGCCGGCCCCGAGGCCCCGGCACCCAGCCCGCUCAGCGCGGAGCACCGCGGGCCGAUGGACCGGGAGCUGGAGCGCAAUGGGGAGCCCGGGGAGGGGGCUGAGGGGGAGGUGGAGGGCGAGGACACAGGAGAGCUGGCGGUGCAGCCCUGCCCCUCGGAGAGGGAGGUGUGGGGCAGCCUGGCGACGCUGCGGCGCUACCUGGAGUUCCGAGCCACUUCACCGGACGUCUUCCAGACCUUCUACGAGCUGGAGGAUGUGCUGCACGUGGUGUCAGCCAGCGCGGCGCAAGCCCUCAGCGCGGACAGCGCUGCCAAGGAGUGAGAGGAGCAGCCGAGCGCAGGGCCAGACCUGCUGGUGCUGGUGACAGCGACCGGUGCCCGGCAGGGCUGUCACCAGGCCAGCCUGGCCAUCACCUCCGGCAGCAGGGCCAGCUGAGUUGUGCUGUGGGGUUUGCUGUGGGUCUGCAUGUGAGCAGCCUGGCAGGGAGCACUGCGAAGCCACUGUGCUCUGGGUGGCACCCACUGGGGCAGUGACAAUGCUGGUGGCACGAACCUGCUUCCAAACCUUCUCCCAAGGGGUGGCUUCAACAACCAACAGGACCUGUGGUGGAGCUGCCCCUGGCUGGGUGUUUGCUCUGAGUGGUGUGGGUUUGUUUGCUGGGGGGGGAACAUGGAGUGGUUGCUGGGGUGUCCCUUUGCUGGGUACCGUGGCUCCUGGCCGCAAGGAUUCAGGGGGUGCCAGGUGCCACCGGCUGCUGUCACCAUGUGGUGCCCAGAGGUUUGCAACAGGCAUUAAAAAGGCCACAUUCAG